AUGGGAAUAUUCAGGUCAGAAGAUAUGGAUCUCUACGAGAUUCACAUCCCUAAAGAUGCUGCAUGGGAAGUGAUGAAUAGACUUGGUGACAUAGGAAUCAUGCACUUCAUCAAUCUUAACAAAGAUGAACAAGUAUUCAACCUCACAUACGCUCCAUUUAUCAAAAGAUGUGAAGAGACUGAUAAGAGAAUUACACUCAUUGAGCAAGAGUGUAAAAGACAUCAUGUUUCAAUUGUCAAGCCCAAAAGUGUCCAGGAGUUUCUCUGGAGCAUUAAUAAUCUCCAAGAGAGUAAUAAAUCAGGCGAGCUCUUCUUUGAGUCUAUCGAGCAGGAUAUUUGAGAGAAGGAACAGUUCGUGAAGGAUCAGACUAAGAAAAGCAAGGAAAUUCACAAUAGCUUAACUCUUCUUAUUGAAUACAAAACUGUUCUUCAGAAGACGCAACAGAUUCUCCAAUUCAAUGCUAGAGAGAUGAUUGCUGCAGAUGGAUCAUUGAAUGAUCGUCACAGAGCAGAUGCUCCACUAAUGCAGGAUGGCCCUGGUAUCGCAGUCGGACACAUUGCUGGAACUAUAUGUAAGGAGGAGGAAUACAGAUUCAAAAAGUUAAUCUUUAGAGCCACCAGAGGCAAUGCUCUGACUUAUUUCGAAGAUUUUGAUAAUCCCAUCAAAGAUUAUGAUGGCAAAGAAAUUCAAAAGUCCGUUUAUGUUGUAAUUUUCCAAGAAGGAGAUACAAUCAAAGAGAAGAUCGUCAAGAUCUGAGACUCUUUCCUCGGGGAGAUAUUCGAUAUUCCUACAGGAGGGAUUCAAGAGAAGAUCGAUGAGAUCAACCACAAGAUUAAUGAUACUCAAAACGUGAUUGGAGCGUCUAAUGAAGAAAUUAGAAACUACCUUAUCGAAAUUAACAAAAUGAACAAUACUGUAUCUUCUACAAUUCAGCUAUACAAGUGGUUUAUCGUAAAAGAGAAGGCAUUAUACAACAAUCUAAAUAAACUAAAGAUGGGAUCGAAUCUUCUAGUUGGACUCUUCUGGUGAGCUACUUCACAAAAGCAGCAAGUUUCAGAUAAGGUCAGCCAGAUUUCUCAGAAUCGGAAUAUAAGUAGUCCUCAAAUUGCGAUCAGAGAAGAACAUGGGCUUGUCCCACCAACCUACGUAAAGACCAAUGAGUUUACUUUCAUUUUUCAAAAGAUCGUGGACACUUAUGGGGUGCCUGAUUAUAAAGAAGUAAAUCCAGCUAUGUUCACAAUAGUGACUUUUCCCUUCCUUUUCGGAGUGAUGUACGGCGAUAUGUUUCAUGGAUUCCUGCUCCUCUUAUUCGGAGCAUUUCUCACUCUCUUUGACAGCAAGCUUAAAGAUACAGCAUUAGAAAGUCUUUCAAUAGCUCGAUAUAUCCUUUUAAUGAUGGGAUUUUUUGCAUUUUUCUGAGGAGUUUGUUAUAAUGACUUUGCAUCCAUCCCCUUGUGGGGAGGCACCUGCUUUGCAGAGCGAACAGACAAUCAGCAAAGCCACUCAGGCCUUACAGAAACCGAAACUACAAUCUGGGACCAUAAGGAAGAUUGAGUAUACCCUGUUGGAAUUGAUCCGAUCUGGUACAUUUCGGAGAAUGAUCUCACCUUCAUAAAUACCAUGAAAAUGAAGAUGGCUGUAAUUUUUGGAGUAACCCAUAUGUCCUUAGGAAUCACAAUGAAAGCUUUCAAUGCUUUCCACUUCAGGAAAUAUCUAGACUUCUUCUUCGAAUUCAUACCCCAGAUCACUCUUUUAUGGAGUCUUUUCGGCUGGAUGAACAUUUUAAUCAUCAUCAAAUGGCUAACUCCUUGGUAUAUUAUCAGAUAUGAAAAAGGUGAAGUGAUUCCAGACAAAAAUGUUGAGAAAGCUCCAGGAAUAAUAUCUGUUAUGAUUAGCAUGUUUCUGAAAUUCGGCGAAACAGAUACAGAGGUGAACGUAGCCUUAGCAGGCUCUGCAGACACCCAGCAAGCUAUUAUGAUCACGUUUUUGGUGAUAGCACUUAUUUGUAUCCCAAUGAUGCUGUGAGUUAAGCCUUUUGUAUUGAGAUGUCAGAUGAAAUCACAUCACAAUCAUCAACAAUCUUUUCAAGGGAGAGGAAGCCAACGCUUCCAAAGGCUUGAUGAAGAAGAAGAUGAUGUUUCAGAUAAUGGGAUUAACCAACAUGAGACUAAUCGACCUGCCUCGAAUCUUAAGAAUGACGAAAUCGAUAUUGAAAAAAUAAUUCUGAAGGAAACCAAAGAUGAUGAGGGUCAUGACUUUGGGGAAAUAUUUAUCCAUCAACUCAUUGAAACAAUAGAAUUCGUUCUUGGAACAGUGUCUAAUACUGCUUCUUACCUCAGACUCUGGGCUCUAUCUUUAGCUCAUAGCCAGCUUGCCCUUGUCUUUUUCGAGCAAUUGCUUAAAAAAUUUGGUUUAGCUCAGGAAGAAAUAUUUAACCAAACGGUUGGACUUUUCUUUUUGUUUCCUGGAUGGGCCACGAUGACUCUUUUCGUCCUUCUACUUAUGGAUGCAAUGGAAUGCUUCCUUCACACAUUAAGACUGCACUGGGUGGAAUUUCAAAAUAAGUUUUACAAAGGAAACGGAUACUUAUUUACUCCUUUUAACUAUCAUCCAGCCUUGGAAGAAGAAAAGAAGAGAAAAAUAUAGGAACUACAUUUUACAAAGCUUGCCU